AUGGCUUUAGGGCUCUGCCCCCUUGCUUUUGGCUCCUCUCCCUCCUCGCGCUCUGCUUCCUUCGCAUUCUUUGAUCUCCGCUUAACAACAGUCACGUCACAGGGGCUCAGGCGGCAGCGGAGUCGGGGUGGAAGUUAGAAAGUUUUCCUGCAGCCUCCAGAGGGCUGGAGCAGCAGCAAGCGGUAGCAAGCCAAGCAAGCAAGCAGGCAGGAGGAGUUGCUGCUGCUGCUGCUGCAAAGAGCAGCAUCCGAGCAACGAGGGGAAGGAAAAAGAAGAAUUGAGAGGAGCCGCAGCAGCAGCAGCCCGGGAGCAGACUCUCUCCUCAGAGGAAAGAAGCCUCGCAGCCCCAGCAGGAAGGAAGCGAGCGAGCGAGCGAGCGCGCACGGGGAGGCGAGGCGAGGCGUCGGCAUGGAUCACCAGCUGCUCUGCUGCGAAGUGGAGACCAUCCGGAGAGCCUACCAAGAUGCCAACCUCCUCAACGACCGGGUCCUGCAGGCCAUGCUCAAGGCCGAGGAGACCUGCUCGCCCUCGGUCUCCUACUUCAAGUGCGUCCAGAAGGAGAUCUUACCAUAUAUGAGGAAAAUCGUGGCCACUUGGAUGCUGGAGGUUUGUGAGGAGCAGAAGUGUGAAGAAGAAGUGUUCCCCUUAGCUAUGAAUUAUUUGGACCGAUAUCUCUCUUUUGAACCUCUUAAGAAAAGCCACUUGCAACUGCUGGGAGCUACCUGUAUGUUCGUUGCCUCAAAAAUGAAGGAAACCAUUCCUCUAACUGCAGAAAAACUGUGUAUUUACACUGAUAACUCCAUUAGACCCAGCGAAUUACUGCAAAUGGAGCUGCUCCUGGUGAAUAAGCUGAAGUGGAACCUGGCUGCCAUGACCCCUCAUGAUUUUAUUGAACAUUUUCUAAAUAAAAUGCCUGUGGCUGAGGACAGCAAGCAGAUCAUCCGUAAACACGCCCAGACUUUUGUGGCUCUAUGUGCUACAGAUAUUAAGUUUAUUUCGAAUCCGCCUUCCAUGAUUGCCGCUGGUAGCGUGGUAGCAGCUGUGCAAGGUCUCCAUCUUGGAAACACUAACACAUUUCUCUCUUACCAAUGCCUCACACAUUUCCUAUCAAAAGUUAUCAAAUGUGAUCCGGAUUGUUUACGAGCUUGCCAAGAACAGAUCGAGUCCCUCCUUGAAUCUAGUCUACGCCAAGCACAACAACACAACAUAUCUUCAGAAACAAAGACUGUUGAAGAUGAAGCUGAUCUUUCCUGCACACCCACUGAUGUUAGAGAUGUGAAUAUUUAAGAGGACUUCAGCAUUGGGGUUUGCUUGGCUGUACCAGCAAACGGAGAAUGAAUGAAAGAAAGAAAGGGCAUCUAAGAAGGAAUUGGAAUCAUAAUCUUCUCCCCCAAGAAACUUUUUCUCCAGGACUUUUUGUACCAGAAGGGAAAAUGUCAUUAAUUCUUUUCUUCGUUAUUCCUUCCUACCCUUUUGUGACUUUAACAAGACAACCCCCACCCUUUCCCCCAACUGUCUUAAAAAAAAGAAAAAAUAGUAUUUGCAUGAUUUCAAGGGGUUUGUGCUACGUAGAAGACUUUGCAACAAUAAUCAACUAGAAUUUUGGGGGUUUUUUAUAUUAAAAGUGUUCUUGUCUGUAUGUUGUAAGAAUAGGCAUUAACACACAUACAUGCGUACACACACAGAAACAAAAUCUCUCUGGGGAGGAACACAUAUACGUACAUACAUACACAGGCACACAAAAUCUCUCCGGGGAGGUAUGUUUCUUGCAUAUUAAAAAAGCCAGCCAUUUUUAAGUAGAAGAGGGUUUUGUUUUUUAGAUAGAUUAUAUGUGUUUUGGGUGUGUGUGUGUUUUUUCCCUUUUAAAAGCAUAGCUUUAAUGCAGUUCUAGGCUUUUCUGUAUCUUGCUUGCUUAUGCAUUUAGUCACUUUAUAAGUCAUCUGUAAAUGUUUAUUUUAUUCCCUUAGGUUGUUAUCCUCUUCACCUUAUCAAUGGUUCAUGUAACCUUUACGUUAGUAUGUUAGUAUACAGCAUUAUGAUACAUUAGUCUCCUGUGCCUGUGGAUUGCCUGUGCAGAAGGCUUCUUCUAGGGUCCCACCAGAGUGUGGCAAAAAAGACUCCCACCAUACCGUUCCAAUGGUCAAGAGAAAAUGCAAUAGUGACAUAAUAUAUUUGUGUGACCUUCCUAUUUCCCUAGUUAGCUGUGUAUACAAAAACAUGCUAGUUUUUACCCAAAAGAUACACCGCCUAAUUAUGUCCAGGUUCAAUCCACAGCUUAUCUUUUUUUUAAAAAAAUGUUUUAAAACCAUUCCAUUUCAAAGCACUUUCAGUUCACUAGGUAUAGGAAAUAUUUCCUUUUUGUGUGUGUGGGAAUUUUUUUCUUCUUCAAAUGGAAUGGUUUGGAAAUUAUAUAUAUAAAUAUAUAAAUAUAUAUAUAAAGUGCUUGUGCGCAAACUCGGAAUUGCAAAGCAAGUGCAUUUAACUAAGGUGUUGAGGAAAGGUGUGUUUCGUUUUUUUUCUGAAGGUUGUGUUCCAGUCGGAGAAAUUGCAUUCACAAAAUCGCCAGGAUAUCUUCCUAACCUUUUCAGUAGAAAAGACAUUUAGAAAUCUUUUGGUGCCAAUUCAUUUUUUUUUAAAUAGAAAUUUAGGGGCCUGAAAGGUUUAGUUAUAGGACACACAUUUUGAGAAUUGUCUCUAGAUGUUGUACAACUGAAGGCUGUUAAACACUAAAAGAUAUAAUUUAUAGUUAAGGCUAUAACAAAUAUUUAUUACAGAGGAUUUCAGAAGGCCAGUAUAAUUUGUAAAAUAAAUCACCCCCUUGAUUCUAAGAAAGCAAAAAAAGAUGUUUCCACCCUUGAUGUUGCAGUUUAAACUCAUCUUACUUUAAGAAGCCAGAACAAGUCAAGAUAGUAUGACAUUUGGCCCAGACACAUUUCCAACAUAACAUUAAAAAUGAGGACGCGCCAUAGUUGAAAGUGUAGAAUUGGUGUACUUGAAAAAAGUUCUUAAUCCAGUAUAUUUCCCUCUUUUUAAAAUUUAGCUACAAAUAGAAAAUUUGCACAUCUUGGCUAUGUAUCUUUUUUAUUAUUGUAGAAAGUAGCUGAAGGGACGUGGACAUAGCUGUUGAAGUUGAUGCUUGAGGAGAAUGUGAUGGCAAAAUGUAUGUGAGAAACUGCCGCUAAGGUGUUGAUUGUAAAAAAAAAAAACAAAAAAAGUUUUAAAAAGAAAAAAAAAGGAGCGGAGGCUCCCAUUUUUUUUUUUAUCGAGCUGCUAUGGAUAAAUUCCCAGCAUGAGUUGAAAAAAAUUAACAUUGCUUCUCUGUAUCUUUGUCAUUGUGUUUUGCUGCUAUUUUGUGGUCAUUUUUUGUUUAUACAAUGUCAUAUACUGCCAUGUUAUAGGUUUAAAAUUUUCUCAUAGAAAAUUAUAUUAUUGACAUCUUUUUUUUUUUUGGUAGAUUUUUUUAUGUGAUCAAUUUUACUUAAUGUGAUUACUGCUCUAUUCCAAAAAAGGGUUCCUGUUCCACAAUACCUCAUACUUCAGUUAACCGUGUUUAGAUCAGGUUUUAAUGUUUGUUCACAAUGCCUCACAGAUCUACUGCAAGCUGAAAUGCAUUGGACAUUAUUCUGAAUGGGUCUGGCGAUUUGCAACUAGUUUGUGCUAAUUUUUAAGAAAAACAGCAGACAUUUCAGAAGAUUAAGUAAUGUCAGGUUCUUUUGUUAUGUGUUUUUAUAAAAUGGAUUCUUUUUUUCUGAUCUGGGGUUUAUUAUCAUAGUAGUUUUAAGCUGUGUUAUUAGCCACAUUUGAUAUAUGAAAGGUGCAUUAUAAUAAUAAUUCUUAUAUGCCCUUUGAUGUUUUCCAUCAACUGGGAAUCGUCAUGCGGUAUGAUAGGUUAUCUUCUGGAAUUUUAAGUAUUUUGUGUGUUUAAUCUGUUAUGAUAUAUUAGGGGUUUUUUGUUGAUGUUAAUUAUAGCAUAAUGCUAAUUUAAGAAAGCAACAACCUGUAAAUCUCAUAAGUAAGCCAGCUAAUUGAGUUGUACGGUGAAGAAUAAUCUAGUUGCCUGUAUGCUGCUAAACCAAAACAGAAUUAGAACUUCAUUUUGAGGGCAAAUGCAGUUAAGAUCCUACCUAAAGCUUAUUCAAAUGGAAAAGAAAACAGCCUUGUAAUGCUACUAUAGCAGUCGCAGGACCCAGGAGGACUGGAUACAUUCUGUCCAAAUUUCAGGAACAUUUCUUACUGCUUACCUCAUAGACACCUCUGUAUGUGGCAUCUCUGUGUCUCUGAACCAAACAAGAUUGUUGAGUUAGUGGUUGUUGGUUGUGUUUCGCUGAGAAAGAGCAGUGUGUACUGCAAAUUAUUAAGUAUUGUACGUACGAAAAAGGCCAAAUGCUGAUAAGCAGGUUCACGUGCCAACAGAGAUGCUUUAUUUGUCACAUUUGUUAUAACGAUCUAUAGAAAGCAAAGCAAUUCAGAUUUGUACUUUUUAUAUAUAUAUUGUACUUAUUGGCAUCACUGGUCUGAAAUGCACAAUGUCACAAACAGACCUGUAACAGAUAAGUUUCCAGCAAAAGAAAAAAAAACCCUCCCCUAAAAGUCUAGAAAUAAAUUUGUAAAACCCAA